AUGGAUCAGUCUAACGCCCGAGUAGCCUACGUGAGAGUUGACAACUUGCCUCCGGGCAAAAGCUGGCGCCAAGUCAAGUACAUGGUUGGAGGGAUGAUUCAUCACUCCGCUAUUCUUCAGGUGAAAAUGUUGCCUCCCGUGCAAUCAAUAGUUCCGCCGUUCAUGCCUUUCCAGAGCUGUAUAGUUUCCUUGAAACGGUCUGAUACCCAGCUGAACCGUCUACUCAUGGAUCUGAACGGCUACACUUGGGAGUAUUAUCGACUAAUGGCAUAUGCUGUGCCCCCGUUGCAUGCGCCGAAUGGCUCGGCCUUUAUCCCAGGUUCUGGUUCUGCUUUGGACCCACUCAGCCCACCGGGCUCCAUGCCCAAUGCUGGUCCCGGUUCUGCACCCCCCUCGGGACAUAUGAUGAUGCCUUUUGCUCCCAUGCCUCCAAUGUAUUUCCCUGGAACUUUACCACAAUCAUUACCGCACGAUCCGUUUGUUCGGCAAAAUCAACAGCAUGGUAAAAAGAUGCGUCAAGUUUUCAGUGAGGAAAGUUUCCGGAGGCAGAUGAGCGCUAGACGCAUGUAUCAACUUCAAUUAGAUGGCUUUCCGCCUUGUCUACAUUGGGAUGUUAACGGUUUAUACGGCAUAAGUUCCCAGGAACUACUCCCGUCAACAGACGCAUCGGCCAUGACAAUUACAACUGCCCAUCCGGAACACUUUGGGAAGCUCAAAUGGACCGUGCUCAAAGAUUUCAUUCAGCUGAAAUGCCGAAAACUUCUGGAAAUGGAUAUUACAGGUGCGGCUGCAAAUACGCGAGAGUUUUACGUGGGUGUUUACGAGGAUGCCGAAGUCAAAGUUAACGUUGAAGUGCUGAAUGCGGAGCCUGUCAUAUCUGUACCGAAGUCGGAAUCCGGAUCGGAAUCUCGAUUGCCACGAGCAGAAGAAAUCAAUGAGGCCGAAGAGGGAAACAAUGAGGCCGAAAAGGAAAACAAUGAGGCCGAAAAGGAAACCGAUGAGGCCAAUGAAGAAAACCAUGAUGCCAAAGAAGAGCAACAGCAGCAGCUCGGUAGCGAUGAGGCCGGCGUCGACGAAGCAGGCGAAGAGUUGGCUCAGCUCAACCUAGAUUCAAAACAGAAGGUUGUUUCAGCAACAAUUUACAAAGCUAUAGUAGGCUUUCAUUCUAGAGAGCUCUGCGAUGUUUGUGUGGAGAGUCUACAAAAUCAAGAGUAUUCAUUGGGCUACAAGCUUAACGUCACCGAACUGGAACCUCUGGAAUGGUAA